AUGAACCCAGGGAACAGCGUCAGUUCGGGCAUUCCAGAUGGCAAACGGCCUGAUGUGAAAGCGGUCAAGGCUGCCAGCAGAAAUGUGAGUUGCUCCUUUUCACCAAAGAGAUCAUAUGUGAAGAAGAAGACCACGACCUCAUCGGUAGAUGAAUCUUAUGAGUUAUUUCUGAGCCUUGUGAAGUUCAAGGAUGGUUUCAUGGUUAUUGAGCCAGAACCUGGUGUCACCAUUGUAUAUGAGCGAGAAGAAGAUAUGCCAGCUGGAUAUGAUGAAUGGAGAACUGGCAGUUCCACAAAUGAACUGCCUUUGGUGUUUCCACUUGAAAACAUGGAGGAAGACUACACCAUGCAAAGAUAUGACUAUGGGCUUGCACCCGCUAACGAAAUUGCUUCUGAACAUGAAAUGGCUGCACCUUCUUCAGAGAACAUUGAUGGUCAGGAUAUUAUUUGCACGGAUGAGCGUGGCCUCGUACUUUAUGCUGAACCAUCUGAUUUAAAUGCAUGUGAAGAUGAACAAGCAACACCUCUUGCUAUCAGUUACGGUGGUUCAUCUACAUUUGAUGAAAAACUCAAUGCUGUUUUAAGUCAACCAUAUGAUCAAAACGAAUACGAAGAGCUUUGGAGAAAAGCCACUGACCGGAAGCCUGUGAGCAGACAAAGACACUUGCGAAGUGCAUCAAAGCGCUAUGUUACAGAGGCAAUCGGGCUGUCAUAUCUCGAUUAUUACCCAGGUAUAAUUACAAAGCUUGGUAGGGGAACUUGUUUGUCCUAA